GAGGGUUUCCGGCAGGGAUACUAAGAUUCCAUGUUGGUUAGAUUCGUUAACGAAGGCCGGCACGGCCAUCGCCGACCCCAUGAUGCAAUUCUACAAAGACAACCAGACGGAAGGGAUUCCGGGGAAACUCACCGACACUUGGUAUAUCGCUGGGAGCAUGUUCAUGACCUUGAUUCAGUACUGGCACGCCUCCAAGGAUGAUUCAUACAACAAGGUCGUCUCCCACGAUUUGAUGUUCCAGUCCGGAGAGAACUACGAUUAUUUCUCCUCCAACUACAGUCAAUGGCUGGGUAACGACGAUCAAAUGUUUUUCGGAUUGGCCGCCAUCACGGCUUCGGAGACCGGGUUUCCGGGGAUCGACGGCAAGCCGUCGUGGACAUCGCUAGCUCGGGCUGUGUUCAACAUGCAAGUGGGCCGAUGGGACACGACCACCUGCGAUGGGGGAAUCCGAUGGCAGAUCUGGCCUUACCAGGCCGGAUACACGAUGAAGAACUCCGUCUCCAACGGCGGGCUCUUUGAGCUGUCCGCUCGACUAGCCCGGUUCACCAAGAACGACACGUACGCCGACUGGGCUGACAAGAUCUGGGACUGGUCCGUGACAACGCCUCUGAUCAAUGAGAAGACCUGGUUCGUGGCGGACUCGACCUCGAACGAAGCCAAUUGUAAAGAUGCCGGCCGGACGCAGUGGACCUACAAUUACGGUGCCUACCUCACCGGCGCGGUGUUUAUGUACAACUAUACCAACGGCGAUGCGAAGUGGGAGAAGCGGGUCGACGGGCUGCUCGGGUCCACCCUGAAGACCUUUUUCCCGCAAAAGUUUGGCGGCACUGUCCUGUCCGAAGUAGCCUGCGAACCCAUCAUGACCUGUGACCGGAAUCAACUCGGCUUCAAGGGCUACCUAGCCAUGUGGCUGGCGUUCACGGCAAUUCUCGCCCCCAAGACCGCCGAACAGAUCAUCCCUAAGCUCCAGGGCACCGCCGUCGCCGUGGGCAAACAAUGCUCCGGAAAGUCGGAGAACCUCUGCGGGAGCCGGUGGUACCAGCCCAGCUGGGAUGGCAUCGAAGGCCUCGAAGUCCAAAUGGCCGCUCUGGGGGCGAUCACGUCCAACCUGAUGGUCAUGGAGUCCCAGAGCCCCAACACCAUCGACACGAAUCCCGAUGCGGGCGAACACCAGAUCGACUCGGGCGAAGACGACGAUCCCAACAAGUUGGAUCCGAUCAACACGGGUGACCGCGCGGGCGCAUGGAUCCUGACUAUUAUCAUGGUGAUUGCCAUUGGCGGUGCGGUGGGCUGGUUGAUCAAGUCAUAGCGGUCUUGUCUCGGACUUCAUUAGCGUCUGGCUGUCCUCCCUGGAGCCAUACCAUCUAUUUGUAACUCUUAUGGCCUUUGUGGGGAUGUAGGGGUCUGUCAGGACAGACAAUUUGCAUUUCUCUGUUUUUCGCCUUCAUAUAAUUUCACCUCAUGGACACAGGCAAUGAUAAAGGAAGGCCUCAUUCUUCCCAAUCAUCUAUCUGGCGAUUGUCCGUUAUACCCGUGUGUUUUCUUAUAUACUGUACAACUAGAUUGAUCUCAAGGGGGCAUAGUGCAUCGAUCCUCUUCUCUCAAGCUUCAUUUCCAAACCACAUUUC